AUGGGGACGCGCACCGGCUCCAAAGCUUCUCGGAGAGAUGGGGGGCUGCCAGAAAAGAAGAAGGAGAAGAAGGAGGUGGAAGAGAUUAUCCCGAUUACAGAGGAGCCGGAAAAGGAUGAUGUUUUGAAGGGGGAAGACAUUAUGGCCCUGGCAAUAAAACCAGAGGACCUGCAUAAGUUGCAUGUUCCUCGGGCUCCUCUAAAGGUAAUUCCAACCACCAGUAGAAUAGUAAUUCGAAAACCAAAACCCAAAGAAGAAGUGAUGGUGAAAAGACUUGUAGCCAAACCUACUCUACCUGUGGAUGAACUGAAAACUAUGGACUAUUCAGGUCCUGGGGGUCCUCGGUUUGAUGCAGAGGGGAGAGUUCUGCCACACAGCAUCCUUGGAAGCUUGGUAGAUUUUAAACAUGAGUUGCUUGCACAGGGACUUACUGAGAUGGCCAACAUGAUCUCAGAACGCCAACCUUCUGAAACCAAAUCCCAGCAUUUGCCAGUAUAUGAAAAGAAACCCAAGGAAAUUAUAUAUGCCAAUUUACAUAAUCAGGACCGUGCCUUGGCAAACUGGCAGUGGCACAUGGCAGAGCGGAAGAGGACACAGCACAUCCUCUCAAAUCUCCUUGAGAAGCCAGUGGAAGACCUGAUGAUGAAUCAAAGUGAGGAUCUGGGACAGAUGCGACAGCAGUCUACACUCAUAGAUCAGACCAUAGCAGCUCUGGGUCCUGGGAAGGGUUACCGCAUUGGGAGUGAGUUUUGGAGCCUACCACCAAUGAUUGGAGACGAAUUAAGUGGUGUCAGGGCCACUCUGAAUCAGACAGAGCGUGGUUUCCCACCACCUAUUGUUCACAUCGGGAAACCUCAAACAAUCAAGAAGGAAACUGGUACUGACUUCCCUAAUGGCAAAAAACACUCCAAAAAAUAUAAAUCGGAAAAUAUGUACCUGAAACAGCGAUUGGAAGAGAUGAAGAUUGUUUUGAGACAGUUGGACUUCAAAGAACCGGACAUUGAUCAGCUGGAGGUCAUUGGAACUGGGCGGCCCUAUAGCUCGAUAUCAGUGGAACACUUCCCCAUUGAGGAUGAUCACUCCACUGCACGUAACAAAGAGAACAUAGAAUUGCUGGAGGACUACCCUGACAUCAUUGAGGUACCAAUCAUUGGUCCAUCCAUUAUGUUCUGUGGACAUCCGGCUCGUUGGCUAAACAAUACCAGCUCUCAUAAGGAUGAGGUUGGUAUGAUUGUCCGACUCACGUUUGAAGCAAUGGCAGGUGAUAGGGCCAGCUCCUGUCUGGAGCUGGUAAAUGAUGGAACUACUGUCAUCUACUAUAACUGGAAGCGUCUGCCUGAGCCACAACAUUGUGUGAAGCCCCCAAGUGACACUUGGAUGCAAAGAUUCUACUUCAAUACCAAUUCAGGGGUCAUUCUUCCUGGAGAGACAAUUAAUUUACCAUUCACCUUUAAGUCACCAAACGCUGGGAUCUUCACUGACUUCUGGGAGUUUUGCACCCACCCGGUGCUGUUGGCAGGGGCGUCUCUGCAGGUGGCACUGUGGGGUGUGGCUCUCUUUGCAGACAGGAAUGAAGGAGCAAGACAACAGCUACAGCAAGAACUUGAGAAGAAGGAGAAGAUGGCCAUUAUUGAACACCUCCUCGAUGAGGUGGUAGCUGGUGUGGGCACGCCACAGCGUUCCCAGUCUCCUCCUGGAAUUUCACUCACCGAAAAAGAGAUGUUUGAGAUAAAGAACCCCAAGCUGCACUACAAGAACGAAAUAGUACAAAGUCUCAAAGAAUUAUGGAAAGAAUGCUUUGUAAAAAGUAAAGGUGAAGAAGAAGCUGAAGGUGGAAGCCAGCGUAGAGAUGUUAACACCGUCAAGAGGCCUUCCAAGGACGCAAUCUACUCCCCAAGCAUGAGUUCUCAGCAUUUAGAACCUGUUGAGAAUGAUAAGACCCCCGAUGAAGCCACACCAUCCAAAAUUCAAACUGUUGAGUCAGAACCCCAGUGGGACCUGUCUGUUACUUCUUUUAGACAGGAUCUGCUGACAUUGCUGGAAGAUGAGCAACUGAAAGAGAAGGCCCUAGAACAUCUUAACCUGAAGAUACUGGAGCUCUCCACGGCACCAAUCAAAAUGCAAGAAGAUACUUUCUACAAGAUGCUUUAUCAGCUUUGGCUCGAAGCAGUGGAUGGGUUGGUCAGUUACUCAAUGUGGCUCAGGGAAUUACUGGGCUUGCCUGAAAAGGAGACCGAAACCCAUGUUGUGGAAGAAACCUAUUCAAGAAAACAAGCCAAGAAGGAUGAUAAGAAAGCAGCUGACAAAAAAGGAAAACGAGCAACCAAGUCUGCAGGGAAGGAGGACGAGAGGGAGAAACGCCAAUCCGGCAAAAAGACUCGGAGUAAAGAUGAUAAGAAAUCUACCAGUCCCAUAUCGACCAGGAACAGCAAACAGGCAAUAGAAUCCAAGGAAAAUCUACUGCAAGACCAGCAUCAGAUAGACCCUGUCGUACACAAACUAUACAGAGAGAAACUGUACACAGAGGUCUAUGGACUGCUGUCGGCCAUGAUGAGCAAGGCUUCCUUUGUCUUUGAGGAGUUGACGUGGAAACACACAGAUCCUGCUGAUAAAUGUGUCUGAUAUUUGGUGAAGCUGUUACAUUGCGCAGCAAGAGCUGGAACAUAGAACUGACUUUGCUGAAAAGAAAUAUGUA